AUGAACACUAAACAAAAGUUGUGCCUCGCAGUGAUGGGACUAACUGUCAGUGUGUUGAUGUCUAAUUUCCUGUUGCAAAAACAAAAAGCACUUGAUUUCGUCGAGAACAAUAUUAGAAAGCUUGCUUAUACCACAACAAGGAAGACUGCAUUUCAGUCAAUCGUAAAUAAGGAAAUGCAACAAAAUAAAUCAGCCAUGUUUAUCGAUCGGGCGAAAAUGAUUGGUAAUAAAACUAAAGAGGGCAUUGUCGCUGUGACGAUGGUGAAUGAAGCAUAUCUAGAAAUGACUUACAGUUGGUUAUGUAACACUGUCAAUAUGCAUGUUCAUGAACAAGUGCUUAUUAUUGCCACGGAUGAAACAACAUUGGGGAAACUGCAACAUGAUUGGCCAAACGUCACCUCCGUCCUACACUCACUUUCUACUACAAAGGUUGAGUACAGGGAAGCAGGGUAUAUAAGAUACAUGUUAACCCGGGCGUUAUUGGUUCUUUCAAUGCUCGAAAAUAAUGUCACAAUCCUAUUAUUUGAGGUUGACGCUAUAUGGUUUUCUUCUCCUUUUCCAUUGCUCCAGUCUCUAUUAAAAUAUGACAUAGUUGGAGCACAAAUCUCCAAGUAUCACCAGAUAGCAGGAGGCUUUCUUUUAUUAAAACCAGCAAAAGCUACACAAGUUGUUUUCACAAAAGUAAUAGACAAACUAUAUGGAUUUUUGGAGACAUAUUCAAAUGUUAAAGACGACAAAAAGUUACCAGAUGGUGAAAAUGAUCAGACAUAUUUACAUGAGGCAAUUAUGUCACAACAAAACCUAAAAUACAAAUUACUGGACUUUAACAUAAUUGAAGACGGACUUUGGUACUCACGAUCUCAUAAUGAUUCAACAGAGACUCGGCCACUUGUAUUAAAUAACAAUUGGGUCAUUGGUAACGAUGCAAAAGUAGAAAGAGCGAAAAAAUUCGGGCACUGGUUCCUCGACGGUAACAAUUCUUGUGACUUUGAAAAUGUUCGAAAAAUGACCAGAGAUUAGUGCUUUGGGCUAUAAAUAAUUUUGACACUAUAAUUCCAUUGAUUCAGUUUUGAGUCUUGGCAAAACACCAUAUUGCCCUCAACAUUCUCCCUGAAUAUACCGUUCAGUGGACCAUACAUCCUAGGACCCCAUGUCUCCCGGUUAGGUUAGGUUAUAUUCAAAUAUGUGAGAACAAUAUCGCAACCAAACUACCAAUGGAUGUAAAGUGACAGGUAUCUUGAAGUACUUGAAUGUCAAUAAUGAAUGAUUUAAUGACGGAAUAAAGAUUGACA